AUGUCACUCUCUGAAUAUUUUAUAAGAGAAGUUGAUUAUUCAACAGGCAAGAUGGAUAUAUACCAAGCCACAAUAGGUGAUGUAGGUUAUGUUGUAUGGGAUGCAGCUUUGGUUCUUUCUAAAUUUAUCGAUGGAUCUUAUUGUAAAAGUAUUUUCCCUCUUGAUGGCAAAAAUGUUAUUGAGCUUGGAGCUGGAACUGGAAUUGUUGGGAUGGUUGCAGCAACACUUGGGGCUUUUGUUAAAGUGACUGAUCUGGAUGAGCUUGUUCCACUCAUGACGAAGAAUAUCACUGAAAAUAAGUUGCAGAACAUAAAAGCAUGUGAACUAACAUGGGAUAAAGAAUUGCAUUUCCAUGAAAAGUUUGAUUACAUAUUUGUAGCAGAUUGCAUAUAUUAUGAUAAAUCUCUGAAGCCAUUGGUGGAGACGAUGAACAAGUUAUGUACAAGUUCAACGAUAAUAUUUCUUAGUUAUGAAGAAAGACAUACAGAACAUAAAAUUAAGCUGCAGAAAGACUUUUUUGAGCUUGCUUCGAAGUAUUUCAACAUCGAAGAGAUUCCUGCGUCUUAUCAAGAUAGCGUGUUUCGAAGUGACGACAUUCACAUCUUCAAAAUGACGUCAUUAGGAUGACUCGCUGCAGUAAAAUAAAAAAACUAUGCAGAUAUGAUUGCCACGUGGCUUUUCAGAACAUUAACGACAUUACCAACACCUGGCAAUUGUUAAACACAAUGUGUUUAAAUAGCAGACACUGCUAAUAGCAGACGUAUUGAAUAUCUAGUGUUCAGGUUUUUAAUGGCCCUUUUUGAGACUAUUCACGCUGAUAAACAAGAGAAAGAGGAUAAAAAAUGUCUAUUUUGUAUCUACCCUUAUUUUUGCAAAAAAGUUUUAAACCAAUCUCGUUUCCACCGAGCUUGUCGUCCCAAUAUGAAAAAAGAACAGGAAACGAUACUGCUUUUGAACUGUAAUAGAACAUUCCUGAAUUUUGAAACUUGAGGGACAAUCUUUUUUGUCCUCUUAAGGAAGGUGCAUGUUUGGGAACGUUUGUUAUUAUACAGUUACGUGAAGAAAAGUAGCCAACAAAGGUAAAAAUUGGAAAUUCCAAAAAUAGG